AUUUCGGCCUUGGUGUUGCGACCCAAUUUGAUACCAAAAGUGACUGUUCACAUUCGACGGCGGCACGACGCAGCAUUCCAACUCCGUAACCAAAGAUGAGGCGGACCAAGGGGCUGAUGAAGCGGCUCCUGCCAAUGCGGAAAGCUGAAUCGGGAGACGAAGAUGACGGAGAGCUGCCGAAGCGUUUGCUCAAAGAGGCUUUCCCUACUGGCAUCAAAGCGUUUUGCAGCCCCGAAGGUAGCACUGUGGAUGUCAUCUUCGUCCACGGCCUGACUGGCAGUCGUAUCAACACAUGGACCGCCCGAGACGAGACCGAACCGUGGCCGCAAACCCUCCUCCCGUCCGUACUUACGACAGCCCGGAUCCUGACGUUUGGUUAUGACGCAUCUGUGACCGACUGGCGGGGGAUGGUGUCGCAGAAUCGGAUCGCAAACCACGCGUGGAAUCUGCUGACUUCCCUUGCAACAUAUCGAGAGAACGAUGACACAAACGAACGACCCAUCAUUUUUGUUUGCCAUAGCCUGGGGGGCCUGGUCUGCGAAGACACCUUGGUCACGUCAAGACAACGAUCGGAGCCGCAUCUCCAGAAUAUCCUCAAUUCAACGCGCGGUAUCAUUUUUAUGGGAACGCCGCACCAUGGAGCUGGCCUUGCGAAAUGGGCCGAGCGCCUCUCCCGAUCCAUCGGUCUUGUCAAGCAGACGAAUUCCGAAAUCGUGGAAGUACUCAGGCGUGAUUCCGAGGUCCUUGCGCGGAUCCAGGACAGCUUUCACACCAUGGUGAUGGCGCGCGGUAAGGAAGGACUGCCGCCAAUCGAGAUCAGCUGCUUCUACGAGGAAUUGCCUCUGCCCGGAGUUGGUUUAGUUGUGCCAAAAGAAUCGGCGAUUUUGCCCGGGUACAUCCCCAUCGGAAUUCACAACAACCAUAGGGACAUGGCCAGGUUCAUCAGCGCAGAGGACCCGGGAUUUUUGGCUGUCUGUGGAGAGUUGCGGCGGUGGAUUAGAGAUAUGGGCGCGGUAGAGAGACGCCAUGCUGGCAAGUCCGUGAAGUCACCGCUCUUGACCAACUCGGAUAUCGGCGAACAGCCUGGUGCAACCCACCAGUCUGGAGACGGAAAUCGUAUGUUCAACAAUUUCGGGGGCUCGCAGAAAUAUAUCCAGGGCGAUAAUUACGAGUCUGGCGGAGGGGUUAUGAAUAUUGGCACGCAUCAACACUUUCAUGCAGCAGAGGCCAAGGUUCCCAAAGCCCAUCGCAUAAUCCCCUUCCCCCGCAACGAGAAUGUGGUUAAUCGUGACCACAUCUUUACCCGACUCGACGCCCUCUUGCCGCCGACGACGUCCGAAUACCACAGCGCCGCCCUCUACGGCCUCGGUGGUUCCGGGAAAACCCAAGUGGCGCUCGAAUACGCCUAUCGCCGGGGCCGCGAGGACCCGACAUGCUCCAUCUUCUGGGUGCACGCUGACAACGAGACGACGUUCGCGCAGGACUACAAGAAAAUUGCAGCGAAGCUGGGCCUUGACAACCUCGAUGGCCAAAAGCUUCUCACAGCCGUGUGCGAGCGGAUCGAGAGCGGGCCGCCAUGGCUACUUGUGCUCGACAACACCGAUGACCUGGCACUGUUCGGCGUCGGCCGGAAAUGUCACAAGACAUCGUCUAAACAGAAAGAGGCAUCGACGGCGGGCUUGUAUGAUUACGUCCCAAAAGCUGGUAGGGGGACGGUGCUCUGGACAAGCCGUGAUGAGCUGAUCGUCGGUACUCUGGUUGGACCGCAGCGAGGGAUCCAGGUCGGCCAGAUGAGCCCCGACGAGGCGAGAGGAUUGCUGGAAACGUCGAGAAAUAGAGAGAUCGGCAGCGAUGAGGUUGCCGACGCCGAGAAACUACUCGAAGAGCUUCAGUGGCUUCCGCUGGCCAUCUCGCAAGCCGGAGCCUACUUGCGGAGGACGUCGACGUUGUUAGGAGAGUACUUGUCCAACUUGACAGAGCGGAAGCAGCGGUGGCGGGUUCUCAGAGAGACGGAAUUUGACCGGCAUCGACGCCACGUACCCAACAGCGUUUUGGAGACGUGGAGCAUAUCGAUCGAACGCAUCCGACGGGAUGACGAGAUGGCGUACAGGAUCCUGCACACCAUUGCGUACGUCAACAACCAGGACAUUCCGUUCGAGAUAAUGAAGGCAGCCGGUCUGUACGACGGCAACGCAGAGGAGGCAGAAGAUCGGGGGAACGAGGAUCGGGUACUGGCAGCCGUCACUCGACUAAAGGAGUUCUCGUUCCUUGGGAUGCGCAGGGAAGGGAGGGAUAGUCGAAGCUACGACAUGCAUAAGCUUGUGCAGGAGGCUACGCGUUAUGGACUCAGCGUCAGGAGGGACUCGGACGACGAAACGUAUUCCUCAAAUGCGGCACUACGGAUUAUAGCGAAGCUCUUUCCCACUGUUUUGAGGGAUUCCAAAGACAACGAAGCAUAUUUCUCGAACGCGGCGCUGCAGAUCAUGGUGAAGCUCUUCCCUCAACCCAAGCCAGAAACAUGGGCAGAAUGCGAAAGGUACAUUGCACAUGCGAUACAAGUGGGCGAGUGGGCCGAGAUCUGUAACAGGAAGGUCGAAGUUUCGUAUUUCUUGGUUCGAGCUGCGGCCUACCUGGACGACUGUGGUAGAUGGAAGGAGGAGGAGUUGGUGGAUGAGAGGGUAUACGAACUACGACAGGACGUUCUCGGGGAGAGGCAUCGCGAUACUCUCAAAUCGAUGCUGAAUAUGGCCGCGACAUACGCUCGGCAGGGUCGGUAUGCUGAGGCUGAGCGGAUCGAGAUGAAGGUGUUGGCGGUACGCCGAGAGGUUCUCGGGGAAAGGCAUCUGGAUACUGUCGACUCGAUGCAGAACCUGGCCGCGACGUACUUUAAGCAGGGUCGGUAUGCUGAGGCUGAGCCGAUAGAGAUGAAGGUGUUGGCGCUACGCCGGGAGGCUCUGGGCGAGAGGCAUCCGGAUACUCUCGCCGCGAUGCUGAACUCGGCCGCGACGUACUCUACGCAGGGUCGGUAUACUAAGGCUGUGCCGAUAGAGGAGAAGGUGCUGGCGCUACGCCGAGAGGUUCUCGGGGAGAGGCAUUUGAGUACUCUCGACGCGAUGGAGAAUGUUGCCAUAACAUACACUCGGCAGGGUCGGUAUACCGAGGCCGAGCUAAUACAGGCGCAAGUUUUUGCGCUACGCCAGGAGGUUCUCGGAGAGCGGCACGCAUAUACACUCACGGCGAUGCAGAAUCUUGCUCUAAUAUAUACUGACCAGGGUCGGUAUACUGAGGCUGAGUCGAUAGAGAUCAAAGUGUUGGCACUACGGCGGGAGGUUAUCGGAGAGAGCCAUCCAGAUACUCUCACAGCAAUGCAUAACCUUGCUAUUACCUGGAACAGUACAGGCCGACACGACGACGCUAUUUCCCUCAUGGACGAAUGCCUACAACUGAGGCGUGUAGUUUUCGGGCUGGAACACUCAUUCACAAAAGAGUCAGAUCGAGUUCUCAACGACUGGAAGGCCGAGCAGGCUACCUAGGUAGCUAGAAGAGUUCUCAUAACAUUGAUGUUCUCGUUGACAUCAUAGAGGCCUUGGGAAUCGGGGUUCGUUAUUCUUUGUCUAGGGCGAUGUUUUAUUUUAUUACUGUAGGUACCUAGCCAAAGUCAAGCACUUUCGACAUAACUUCAAUUCUUUCUCAUUCUCGUUUCAAGUUGUCCAUAGGGCGGUGGAGCAGUCAGCACAUAUGUAGGUACGUACAUACGGUGGUUGGAGGUGAGACACAUCGAAAUGAUGAGAUGUUGAUUCUCCACUAUGUUCUACGCAAUGUCCAUCCUGCAAGACUAGUCCUCGGGUUGAUGGAUGGCGGGCAAUGGGGCGCUGGCACAUCGGGUCCGAUUUGCUCACUGGUGUAAAGCCGGAGGGGUACAUACGUACACACCUGCCGCAGGUUCACAGGCGCCGAGUUAACGAGUUGACCGAUAGAAAAGC